AUAAUUUAUUUACUAAUUAUUUAAUUUAAAUUAAUUUAUACUGUUUUUGAAUUGCAGGAGUCGGAUUACUGCGUUGCCACAUUGCCUUGUAAUUUCCUUGACAUUUUUGUUGUUUGACACACACGUGGAAAACGUGUUGACAAAAAUUUCUAGGUUUUUUUAGUAGGUAUUUUUUUAAAAACCCAUUAACUAAAAAUUCUAAUAAACAUUGUGAUGGUUUAUAAAAGGAAAUCGUACAGCGCCGGCGACACUAACCUCAACAAGAAAUACAAAACAAAAAGGCGAGUGAAAGAUUUGGAUCAGAUCGAUGAAGAUUUACAAGAAAAAAACGCCCCGAAACUUUUAAACCAAGAAGUCGAUUUUGACAAGCCUGGAAACGCCCAAUUCUACUGUAUUCACUGUGCUAGAUACUUCAUCAACAAUCAAGCAUUGCAGGAGCAUUUCGGCACUAAAGUACACAAAAGACGACUCAAGGCUUUGCAGGACGAGCCUUAUACUGUGGAAGACUCUGAACGAGCAGCUGGGCAAGGCAGCUGGAAACAGCCUGCUAAAAGGAAAAUUGAAACUCAACCUUCAACUGAAAAUCAACCUAAAAAACUGAAAAAUGCUACUUAGAACUGUUAAGCUUUCUAUUAUUCGCCAAUUUUCAUCUGCUCUUUAUAUAACAGGUGAUAAAGCACAUAAACAUUUCGCAGUACUUACUCCAAUAAUAGAUUUUGAUGAACAAUUAAAAAAUAAAAACAUUUUGCUUAAAAACUUGCAAUUGAGACAAUUACCAAUUGAAUUAAAUACAGUUGAGGAGCGUUGGAAUUUUUACAAAGACAUAGACAAUAAAAAAAAUGUAUUGGAACAAACCAGAAUUGAAAUUGGACAAACACUUGCCCAACUAAAUAAACUAGAUAGUAAUGAAUCUGUAAUUAAAGAAAUCCAAAAAUUAAAAUUACACCUAAAACUUGUUAAAGAAGAUUUAAAAAAUGUACGCAAUAUGAGUUACGGUAUUGAAGAAGCAGCUGCUUUACAAGUUUUAAAUUUGCCUAAUAACCUACACCCAAAAACUCCUGAAAAUGACGAAAUAGAAGUUUAUAAGUAUUUGGACAAAAAUGGCACCAAAACUGAAAGCCACUUGGCAAUAGGCAAUGAUUACAUAAAACUUAUAAAUCCAAUGAGUUGCUAUUUAACAUCUCAAGCAGCAUUGUUUGAAUACUCCCUACAAAAUUACUUCAAUGAAGAACUAAUUUUGGCUGACUAUGUUCAGUUUUCUAAUUCAGAUUUUGUUAAAAGCAUUAUUGUUGAAGGCUGUGGCAACAAUAUUCAAAAUUGUUUAACUUUAGAAAACAUUCAUUGUAUCAAAAGUGAUGAUUUGAAUAAGUUGCACUUAGUUGGAGCCAGUUCUUUGUAUUCAUUUAUGGCUUAUUUUACUAAACACUAUGUGCAGAAGUUUCCACUUAAAGCUUUUUGUAUUGGCAGAAAAUAUCAGCAAGUUAAUGAUAAUUUUUUAAGUUUGUUUAAUUUAAAUCAGUCCUCAGAAAUUAGUAUAUUUAUGGCUAGUAUAGAUGAUUCAUUAUUGUUGGAAGAUAUUGUAAAUGAAGUUAGUCAUUUUUAUAAACAAUUAGGUUUUCAUUUUAGAAUAGCAUUAUUGCCUGCGCAUAAGCUGGAAAAUGCUGAAAGCCUUAGAAUUUCCAUACAAAUGUUUUCAAAUAAUUUACUUUGUUAUGUUGAAGUGGGACAUGUUUCAUUUUAUAGGGAUUAUAUUAGUAAGCGAUUGUUGUUUAAUUAUAGUGAGAAUAAGGAGAGGAAGUACCCGAAUGUUAUUGGGGGUAGUUUGAUAAAUAUUCAUAAAGUUAUUGGAUGUGUUUUGGAGAAUAAUAGUUUGCAUAAUGACAAGCCUUUGUUGAAUGAAUUUUUGUGUAAAUACUUGUAAUAAAUAAAGGGUUUUUAUCGUUUUUAUUCAUUGGAAUUAUUGUUUUUUUUUUUUUUUUAAAGAGUAAUCGAGGGGCAAACC